CACAGAGGGAGUGCUAUGGUCAGGUAGGUUGCUGUCCGCACCAGAGGCCCGUGCCGAGCCGGCGCAGGAAACUACACCACAUUUACCAGAUUUUACAUGGUCAGAAAUCUAUUGAAAGCAAAAGAUAAUUUGAGAGGGACUUGGAUCAAGAAUGGAUUCUCUUAACUAUACAACGGCAUCUGAUUCAGCUGUGGAAACUGAGAAUCAAAGUGACAACUCUUCCUCUGGUAGCAGCUUGUUUAAAACUCAGUGUGUUCCUGUCCCACCUAAACGGAGGCAAAGAAACACUAUUAGAAAGUUCGUUCACAUACCCAAAAGUACUCAGGCAACAGAGUCAUCUAGUGACUCAUCUAUAGAGCCAAGACCACUGACUUUAAAGGCUAUUUUUGAAAGGUUCAAAAAUAAGAAACGUAAAUGUAAAAAGAAAUACAAGCCAACAGGAAGAUCAGUGGGAAGACCAAAAGGAAGGAGAACCACUAGAUACUCACAAAUUACUGAGAAACAAUUUAAAGACAAAAGACCUGGUUUCCCAUUUUUAGAAUCAGAAAAUGGAAGAAAACCAUUACCUUGGAGAAAAAUUUUAACCUUUGAGCAAGCAGUGGCAAGAGGAUUUUUUAAUUACCUUGAAAAACUGAAGUAUGAAUACUACCUCAAGGAAUCCUUGAAACAGAUGAAUGUUGCUGAAGAUUUAGAAAAAGAAGACCUUGAUAGUCGAAGAUACAGAUACUUGGAUGACGAUGGAUCUCUCUCUCCUAUUGAAGAGCCAGCAGCAGAGGAGGAGGUUGCAGCAAACCUUGAACAUGAUGAAUGUGAUAUUAAGUUGGUAGAGAAUAGUUAUUUCAUAAUAAGUUCUGAAUUUCCAAAGAAGAAGAAUGUAUAUUCAGAUCAAGAGGAAUAUACUGAAGAAACUGCUUUGCUUAAAAAGAGAACAUCAAAAUCUAAACACUGGACAGAGGACAAAAUGGCCUGAAGAGAGAUAGGAUUAUAAAUACCAGACAAGGUAAACAGAAUUAAAGCGAAGAUAAGUGUCUAUAUAGGCCAGCCUUGGAAAAAAACAACCCUGUAAGAAAAUAAAGAAUACUUAAACAGAUUUGUGAAACUCUUGAAGUAGUAAUUAUAAGAAAAAUUAUGUAGAAAAAAUUGAAGCUGUUACUGCAGAGAUUGACUUUACAAAUAAUAAACAAAAGUCCUACUGUU